CGCGUGCCGCGCCGUUGCCGCAGCAGCAGCAGAAUCCGCCGCCCCCACCCCCCGCGCAUGGAUCGCGCCGGGCGCCGCGCCCGCGGCUGCCGUGGCGAGUCCCUGGCGGCGGUGCGAGCGGAGGCGCCGUCCUCCUCCCGCGCGCGCCGCCGCGAUAAGGGGCCGGUCGUUGUCAUCGACCUCGUCGACGACGACGACGACGGCUGCGCCGGUGGCAGGGGCAGGGAGGCGGCGGGUGGCGCUGCUGGCAGGCGCAGAGGCUCCACGGCGGCUCCUUCGCCUUCGCCUUCGCCCCCGCCUCCGUCUCCGCCGCCGCCGAUGAUGGUGCCGGCAGGGGCGGUGGCGAUGCGGACGCGAUCGCGGAGGCGGGCGAUGCAGGCGGCGAUCGCGCCGGAGGAGUCCAGGGCGAAGAGGAGGAGGAAGGGAACGAGCUCGGAUGUCGCAGAGGCGUCCGGUGGCCGGGCCAGCAAGGCCACCGGGGCCUCGAGGUCGACGCCGAGAGAUAAGCGGCGCGGGCGCGACCACGACCGCUCGCGGCGAGCCUCGGAGCCAUCGAGCACGGGCCGCUCGCGGCGAGCAUCGGAGCCAUCGAGCACGGGCCGCGCGCCGCGAGCCCCGGAGCCAUCGAGCACGGGCCGCGCGCGGAAGCGCAGGGGCAAGGAGUUGGAGGCGGAAACAGAGGUGGAGGCGCGAGCUCGUCGUGGAGAACGGGUGAAGGUGUCGCGUGGCAAUGAAAGUGAUGGCGACGGCGGGCGAGGCGAUGAUGCUUCUCAUGACGGGAAUGGGGAGGCUCGCACUGCAGGCGCCAAUGCUAAACAGGGCAACAGGGAUCGUCCCAGAGCCACUGGUGGGCAUCAGAUUCAGGAGCAUUGUGUAGCCCGGGAGGUCACUGCUUUGGAUUUGGAUCACCUCACGGACGAGGUGGCCUCGGGUGAUGCAGAGGAAGUGGAAUGUGGUGGCGACGAUGGAGGUGGGCGAGAUGGUGGCUUUAAUGUCGACGAGGACACGCAGGAUUCUGGGAACAGAGAGCUGGCACCGAUUGUGAAUGAGGUGGCUGAGGAGAUGGCACCCUUUGAAGAUGACUAUGACAAUGAGAUGUUGGAGGAGCAGCUUGUUGGAGAUGUAAUCCGUGCUUACAGCAAUGGUGGAGAAGUGGAUUGGGAGGCAGAGGACGAGAUGGAGUUUGAUGAUGAUGCUGAUGAUGGUGAUUUUAUGGAUGAUGCUGAUGAUGGCGAUUUUAUGCAUGGUGCUGAUGAAGGUGGCAUGACACCGGUGCAAGACCAUGAUAAAAUGGAAAUGCAAGACUUGGUGAACCAUCAUGUUGUUUUGGUUGGAGGGAGGUGUCAAGAAGAGGAGGCAGAGGAGGAGGAAGAGGAGAGAGAGGAUGAUACUGAUAAUGGCGAUUUUAUGGAUGGUGCUGAUAAAUGUGGCAUGACACCAGUGCAAGACCAUGAUAAGAUGGAAAUGUUAGUCUCGAGGCUUAUAAGGGAGGGCGGACAAAAGGGUGAAGCAGCUCCAGGUUCUAAUCAACCAGGACUGCCUGUAGAAGUUCUGGACUCUGAUGAGGAAGUCAAGGUGCUCGAAAAUGUGAGUAGUGCCCCCUCCAGGAAGGCAUCAGUGCAACCCAAGUUACCAACAAUUCCAUCUUGUGUUGCAUGGAGAACUCGAUCUUCAUGGGGGAUAAGUCAAGAUAGGCUAUCAUAUAAUACAUAUUUUGAGGAAUUGUCUGAUGAGCCAAAAGAGGAUGAUGAUGAUACAGAAGUUGAACUUGAUGAAGAGGACAACAAUGAUGAUGGCAGUAGUGAGACUUAUGAUAAAGAUGAAGAAGAUGAAGAGGAAGAGGAAGAGGAAGAAGAGGCUGAAAGGAGAAAGCUGAAAAACAGGAUUUACUCAUCCGAUGAUGACAUGAUCGAUAGUACUGUUCCUGCCUCAAGAUAUGAGGAUAAUACUGUCCGUAGCUCAAGAUAUGAGGAUAAUACUGUUCCUACCUCAAGAUAUGAUAUCGAGUGGGAGGAGGUUGAAGAUGCAAAUGUCGAUAUUUUUCAGCCAAUCUCCUUUAAGAAAGCUACCAGGUGGAACCCUGUGGUUGUGGACAAUGACACAUUUACUGAGCAACAAAAGCAAUCAAGAUUUACUUGGGAGCUUGAGAGGAGGAAAAAGCUUAAACUUGGGAUAGUGAAGACACACCCUUUGUAUGAGAAGGAUUUGGACUCAGAUUCCAGCUCAUCGGGUUCCGAACAGAUCAAAAGGAAUGGAUUCAAAAGGGAUGGUGAUCAAAAAGUUGGGAGGAAAAAGAAGCAUCCAUUGUCUAAAUCAGGCAAGAAAUCUAGCCAUACAACCAUGCUGAAGAGACAGUCUCUUAUGAAGCUUUUGAUAGAUAAAAUGAGCAGGGAUAAAAACGGAGAAUCUUUCCCAUUUGAUCUGAAUCCUCAGCUCCAGUUUAUUUUCAAGGAAAUGCAUCCGUUGGUAUUUUCAUUUGGAGAUGAAGAUUUAGUACCAGCUGACAAACCAGAGCAAGAUGGUGCAAUUGAUAUGUUGUGGGCUGAUUUUGACUUUGCUUUAGAGUCAGAGAAUAUUGGGACUUAUUAUGAUGACGAGGGUCAAGAAGAGGGCAAUCAGCUAGAAUUUGCUCUUGCCCCAGUAACACCUUGUUCUCGAGGGAAGCAUGAAUUUAUCAUUGAUGAUCAAAUAGGAAUCAGAUGCAAAUACUGUUCCUUAGUAAAUCUGGAAAUCAAAUUCAUGUUCCCAUCAUUGGUCUCAGGUUUUGCUGAGAAAUCUGCAUGGCCAAAUGCAAAAGGUGUGAAGAAUGCAUUGAUGUUUCAUGAUCUUUAUGACGAAGCAGGCGGUGCCACUGAGCACUCUCAAGAUUUCCAUCUAUAUGGAACGGUGUGGGAUCUGAUUCCAGGGGUCAUUACUACUAUGUACGAGCAUCAACGUGAAGCAUUUGAAUUUAUGUGGACAAAUCUAGUUGGUGAUAUUAGGCUUGAUGAGCUGAAGCAUGGAGCAAAGCCUGAUGUUGUUGGAGGAUGUGUGAUCUGUCAUGCUCCAGGGACAGGGAAGACACGGUUAGCAAUUGUAUUUAUCCAGACAUAUAUGAAAGUGUUUCCAGACUGCCGGCCAGUGAUUAUUGCACCUCGUGGGAUGCUUUUUGCUUGGGAUGAGGAAUUUAAGAAAUGGAAUAUUAAUGUUCCUUUUCAUAUAAUGAAUACAACUGAUUACACUGGAAAAGAGGACCGGGACAUAUGUAAGUUAGUAAAGAAACAACAUCGAACAGAAAAGUUGACAAGACUUGUGAAACUGCUUUCAUGGAACAAGGGCCAUGGUAUUCUCGGAAUAAGUUAUGGCCUUUAUACGAAGCUAACAUCCGAAAAGCCAGGUUGCACAGAAGAAAACAAAGUAAGAAGCAUUCUUCUUGAUAACCCUGGCUUGCUUGUUCUUGAUGAGGGACACACACCUAGGAAUGAGCGUAGUGUCAUGUGGAAGACACUAGGAAAGGUUAAAACUGAGAAACGUAUAAUUCUAUCUGGAACUCCUUUUCAGAACAAUUUUCUUGAGCUUUACAACAUUCUUUGUUUGGUAAGGCCUAGGUUUGGUGAAAUGUUUCUGACUAAAGCAAGAGUGGGUCGAAGGCACUAUGUCUCAAAGAAGCAAAAAGAUAAGUUUUCUGAUAAAUAUGAAAAAGGAGUUUGGGCUUCACUAACUAGCAAUGUUACUGAUGAUAAUGCAGAGAAAGUAAGAUCAAUAUUGAAACCAUUUGUUCAUAUCCAUAAUGGUAACAUUCUUCGAACUCUUCCAGGGCUCAGAGAGAGUGUGAUUAUUCUGAAACCGCUUCCCCUUCAAAAGAGUAUUAUUAGAAAGGUGGAAAACAUUGGUUCCGGCAACAACUUUGAACAUGAGUAUGUCAUUUCUUUAGCUUCUACACACCCUUCCCUUGUAACAGCCAUUAACAUGUCUGAGGAGGAAGCAUCACUUAUUGAUAAACCUAUGCUUGAAAGAUUGAGGUCAAAUCCCUAUGAAGGGGUAAAAACAAGAUUUGUAAUCGAAGUUGUUCGUUUGUGCGAAGCACUAAGAGAGAAGGUAUUGAUUUUUAGCCAAUUUAUUCAGCCACUAGAACUGAUAAAAGAGCACCUUCGCAAGUUCUUCAAAUGGAGAGAAGGGAAGGAAAUUCUUCAAAUGGAUGGAAAGAUCCUUCCGAGAUAUCGCCAGGCUUCAAUUGAAGCCUUCAAUAAUCCAAAUAAUGACUCCAGGGUGUUACUUGCAUCUACAAGAGCUUGCUGUGAGGGGAUUAGCUUGACAGGUGCUUCAAGAGUUGUGCUUCUAGAUGUUGUUUGGAACCCAGCUGUUGGAAGGCAAGCCAUCAGCAGAGCAUUUAGGAUAGGUCAGAAGAAAUUUGUAUAUACAUACAAUUUGAUAACUUAUGGAACAGGUGAAGGUGACAAAUAUGAUAGGCAAGCAGAAAAGGAUCACUUGUCCAAGUUGGUCUUCUCUACAGAAGACGAGUUCAAUAAUGUUAGGAACAUGCUAUCUAAAGCUGAAAUGGAGCAUUGUUCUAAGUUGAUUUCAGAAGAUAAGGUUUUGGAGGAGAUGACUUCUCAUGACCAACUUAAAGGAAUGUUUUUGAAGAUCCAUUAUCCACCAACCGAGUCAAACAUUGUCUUUACUUACAAUCAGAUUGCUCCUGUGUAAAGUUCAUGGCAAAUCAUCGUCAUCAGAUUGAUUUAUUGUAAGCGGCCAUUCUCUGCUGUAUGAGUACUCUCCCCAGCAUUUUCAUCUGAGCGAACUUGAUGUUGUCAUCGUUACCUGUACACACUAUCUGGCUAGACAUGCACUGAAGAAUACCAACAGAUUUUUUUGUCUUUAUUGUCCAUUCCACGAUGGAUCAGCCAUUGCUCAUCAUGUAGCUUGGAGAGGACUAAAAGCAGAACUUAAUAAUUGGUGGCAGAGCCUCAAUGUAUUUGGGGGUGCGCACAAGGUUGCGGGCUUACCGAUCCUCUCUAUCCAAAUGUGAUGUAUAAUAAUACGGUUGGAUCUUGUUAGGUGGUCCAAUUUUAUUUAAAUAAAAGACUACCUCAACUUAAAUAAACAGACUCUGCCUCCAAUUGGCAAUUUGGGUGGUCCAAUUCAUUUUGUGCUAUUACCCAUGCCUAACCGCCAACCAUUCUUACAUGCGUAUAAUGUUCCUCGUGUCCUUUUUUUCUGUUGUGUGGGUUAGGGUAUAUGUGUGCCCUUUUAGUUUUUUUUUCAGGUUUUUCACUACAGAUAUGUUAUUGAUGGAGUAUAUGUUCUGUCAAGAUUCAAGAAUAUUGAGAAAUGGCACCCUGCCCUUUUACCAACAGUCCCAGGAAGGAACUGUUUUGUCAGUUUUCCAUCAGGUGAAGACGAUUCAUAAGACCAUCACAUGUACAGGAAUACAGGUCAAUCAGAUCUGGAGAAAUUGACCACAAAGCCUAUGCUCAAGAAUUUAUAGUGAGAUGGAGACAAAUGUGAAACCUGUACACAUAUUGAUGAACUUGGUUAUUCAUUCCAUAUGCAGGGCCUUUAAUGCUAUGCUGUUAAACUCAUCCUCAUCUCCUGGACUGCGAUCAGAUUGUAAGUUCUAACUUAAGUCAUACUGUUCUACUGAAAUAUGUGAUUUUCAUUCAUGGAAAACACUGUUAGCUUUUAUGCUGAUUUUUCUUUUCAACGCGGCAUGUGAGAAUAGAUUUUGUUUUUGUCUAAAUAAAGAUGUAAAACAUUCAGAUUAUACUGCAGAAAUAUUGUGAAGAAAAUGGCAAGAUGUAAUUCAAUUCAGCAUACAGGUCUGUUACAAUGCCACCAACUCACCACUUGUGGUUAAUAAGUUGCUACAGUUAUAUUGUAUGUUGGAAAGGAAUAUAAUGCAUGUGUAUCAUGUACAGCUAUUGUAGAUUUAUAGCCAUUGACGCCUCCUUUUUCACUGAAAUUUUUAUUAAUACUGUCAUUGUCACACACCACGUCACUCACCCGAGAAUACAUGUAUACCUACGAGUCUACGACAUCAUUGGGCUUAUAGGGCGCCUGACUUCAGAACCAAGAAGCCACAUGCCUUUUUUGUUAAUUGAAUAGUCAUUCUUUGCUUCAACAUAUCAGGCUGUUUAGAUUCUGAAAGGAUUGCAUCCUAUCAGGGUGUAACCAUGCUUUGUGCAUGAACUCAUACUUCUUUUCUGAGAGGAUCAUGAACUCAUGCUUAAAGGCGUCAUUCAGGUUUGGUUUUUGUUGCUGGGUGUGAAGAGUAGGCUGUCUUUAUUCGGUUGGCUGAAAGAAGUGGCUUUGAAUAUGUUUGAAGUUCGUUACUAUCUGCAUGAAUGUGGUCGCAAUUUGUUAAAAAAGGGCAUAAUAUCUUACGAGUAAAACCUGGAUCCGUGCGAAGGUGUAAGAUUUCCAUUUCCAACAAAAAUAGCAUCUCUUCUCGCCGUCUGCCGCCACCAGCUGUCAUUCCACCAUGCAAUAGGAUGGUGCCUGCAAGGUAUCUGUGGAGCUUCUGAAAGUAUGAAUUGGAUGGUGUUCUGUUUGUGGAUGGACUAGUUAUGUUUUUGUUAAGAUUGAAAAAGCGCUCCUAAUCUGGUGUCUGACGAUAAAUGCUGCUAUAUUCGUUGGAUAGGGAGGUGUCGGAGCGUAGAUGGAGGCAUGGAGCAUUUCCAUUUUGGUAUGGAAAAUUGUGGUGGCUUUAUAGAGACUAAACAUUUCAUAUCUAACGUGGAUCGAUUUACCACGACUAGCAGUUUCAUAUACUUGUAAUUUUGUAUGUCUUGUAAUUAUAUUAAAAUAGCCAUUAGUGGUAAAAGUUGCACUCUGG